CAAAGGGAGGGAGUGAAGGAGAGGAGAGAGAAGCGAGAGUCAGAGAAAGUAUCGUGCAUGGAGUCGUGUUUACAGAAUUGGUUGAAGAACAGUUGAAGGUCCGAUUCGAUCUGUCGGUCAGGCUUUUUUUUUGGAUUUUGUGUCAAACAAUUUGGAUGGCAAUUGUUGCGGAGACAUGGCUCUAAUAGAUAACCCAUACAUUAACUUCGUAUCGCCUCCGGAUGCUCCAGUAUUUAGUCCGACAGACGAUGAGUUCGCCGACCCUCUCGCCUACAUUGCAAAGAUCAAACCCAUUGCUGAGAAGACCGGAAUAUGUAAAAUAAAGCCACCCCCGGACUGGCAGCCACCAUUUGCAGUAAAUGUGGACACAUUUACAUUUGUGCCUCGGAUACAGAAGUUGAAUGAGUUGGAGGCAAAAUCAAGAAUUAGAUUGAAUUUCCUUGACCAGCUAGCAAGAUUCUGGGAAUUACAGGGUUGUUCCUUAAGGAUUCCCCAUGUUGAGAGAAAGCUACUGGAUUUAUUUAAUCUCUUCAAGAUCGUUGAAGAGGAGACCGGUUAUGACUAUGUCUGUAAAGAGAGAAGGUGGUCGAAAGUGGCCUGUAGACUUGGGCUACCCACUGGAAAAGGAUUAGGAUCCAUAAUUAAGGCUCACUAUGACCGCAUACUCUACCCAUUUUGGCUUUUUAAAAAUGACCAGCCCUUUUCACACAAGUUGAAUUGUGCACUGGUUGAACCCUAUCCUGCAGCAACAGAACAUCAAAUACCCCACAAAGCUACCGACAUGCACUCUGAAAGUGUUGAUGAUAAAUCAGACAAGGAAUAUAAGCCACAUGGUAUAAUAGCGACAGACUCCACCAGUGGUGGUUACACAAGGAAAACUAAACGAAAUAUUAACAAAACUCCUGUCGUCCAAAACAAUGUUCCAAAUUCCAAAAUCGACUACUCUGCUAACAACGAGCUGAGAAAGCUACAGUUUUAUGGAGCGGGGCCCAAAGCAGCAGUUCCCAGCACGGUGAAAGAAGAGAAGACUGAUGGCAAAGUGAAAAAAGAUUGUAAGACAAAAAUUAAAGAUGAAUUUCCCCCUGUGGAUGCUUAUGUGUGUCACGUCUGUGCUAAAGGAGACGGCGAAGAGUUUAUGUUACUAUGUGAUGGAUGUGAUGAUGCGUUCCACACCUACUGCCUUACACCACCGAUGCCUGAAGUGCCCAAAGGAGACUGGAGAUGUCCGACAUGUGUAAAAGAGGCUUGCAAACCCCUUCAUGAUGUCUACGGAUUUGAGCAGGCUGCCAAAGAAUACACACUGCAAUCAUUUGGAGAAAUGGCAGAUCAGUUCAAGUCGGAUCACUUCAAUAUGCCUGUUCAUAUGGUCUCAUUUGAUCAAGUGGAAAAGGAAUUUUGGCGUCUUGUGAACACCCUUGAAGAAGAAGUGUCUGUCCAGUAUGGAGCAGACAUCCACGCCAUGGAGAAAGGAAGUGGAUUCCCCACCAAGGGCAACAAACAGACCUUUCCUGAAGACGAAGAAUAUAUCAAUUCUGGUUGGAAUUUGAACAAUUUGCCAGUCUUGGAAAAGUCCGUACUUUGCCAUAUAAACGCAGACAUUUCUGGAAUGAAGAUCCCUUGGUGUUAUGUUGGUAUGUGUUUCUCCUGUUUUUGCUGGCACAAUGAGGAUCACUGGAGUUACUCCAUCAAUUACAUGCAUUGGGGUGAACCGAAGACCUGGUACGGUGUUCCUGGUGAAGCAGCAGAAUUCUUUGAAGAUUCAAUGCGUAAAUCAGCCCCUGAACUUUUUGAACAAUCUCCAGAUCUCCUACAUCAGCUGACUACCAUAAUGAACCCUAACAUUCUCAUGUCUAUGGGCGUACCGGUGGUGAAAACCCAUCAGGGAGCUGGAGAGUUUGUGGUGACAUUUCCCCGUGCUUACCAUGCUGGUUUUAAUCAAGGCUACAACUUUGCUGAGGCUGUCAACUUCUGUCCUGCUGACUGGUUGCCAAUUGGCCGUGUUUGUAUCGAUUACUAUCGUAAACUACAGCGACAGUGUGUGUUUUCACACGAAGAGUUGAUCUGUAAGAUGGCCGCAGACCCAGACAGCCUGGACUUCCACUUGGCCGCUGCCACACACAAAGACAUGUUGGUGAUGGUCGACGAUGAGAAGAAACUUCGUAAACGGCUGUUGGAUAUGGGCACCACUGAUGCUGAAAGAGAGGCCUUCGAGCUUUUGCCAGAUGACGAGAGGCAGUGCGACUACUGCAAAACCACCUGUUUUCUUUCUGCCGUCACUUGCCCCUGUCGACCAAACACUGUAAUGUGCAUCCACCAUGUUGAGUACCUCUGUGAUUGCCAUCCGUCGCAUCACUGUCUCCGAUAUCGCUACACGCUAGACGAACUUCCAGCCAUGCUGCACCGAAUCAAGGUACGAGCGGAGUGUUUCGACACUUGGAGGACCCGGGCCAAGCAGGUUUUGUCACCGUUGGAGUCUGAUGGUACUAAAGUGGAUCUGGAAGAACUGAGGGAGUUAAUUAACGAGGCUGAGACGAAGCAUUUCCCAGAUUCUUCCUUACUCGAGCGUCUCAACAAUGUGGUGGUGGAGGCCGAGAAAUGUGCCCUGGUUGCCAACCAACUGGUCUCGAAGAAGGUCAGGACAAGAAACAGGCAGGCUGGUGAUGGCAAGUAUGUAGCCAAACUGAGUUUAGAAGAACUGAAGUGUUUCUAUGAUCAAGUCAACGAUUUGCCUUGUAUCAUACCAGAAGCUAAACUAGUAAAGGAAUUACUGGAUAAAGUCACUAACUUCCAGACUGAAGUCCAGGCUGCUCUCGCCGAGAAGAGUCUUGAUUCCAAAAAACUGGAGAAGUUUAUGGAUUUUGGAAUAACACUUGAUGUUGAUUUACCUGAGAUUCCCAAAUUGAAGCAGGUGCUUCUGCAAGCCCGAUGGCUCGAUGAGGUGAAACACACUUCACAGGAUUCCUGCGACAUGACUUUAGAAGUGAUGCGGAAGCUGAUCGAAUCAGGCGUGGGGCUCGCGCCACACCCUGCCGUCGAACGGGCCAUAGCCGAGCUUCAGGAGUUACUUACGAUCAGUGAAAGGUGGGAAGAAAAGGCACGCUUGUGUCUACAGGCAAGGCCUCGCAACGUAAUGUCAACCCUUGAAAGUAUCAUAGCAGAAGCUAACGACAUAAAGGCUUAUUUACCGAAUGUGUCUGCCCUGAAGGAGGCCCUACACAAGGCCAAAGAGUGGACGUCGAAACUAGAAGCUGUCCAACAAAACUGUAAACUCUACCCCUAUCUGGACGUACUGGACAACCUGGUCAAUAAAGGACGUCCAAUUCCAGUACGGCUUGACCAGCUACCUCAGGUUGAAUCACAAGUGGCUGCGGCCAAGUCUUGGCGAGAACGGACUGCCAGAACAUUCCUCAAGAAAAAUUCUACAUACACUUUACUGGAUGUGUUGUCCCCUAGGACAGACAUUGGUGUGUAUAACAACAACAAGGCAAAGCGGAAGAAACUCAAGGAUGGGGAACGGGAAGGGAACGGAAGGAGAGGAGCAGGAGAACAGAGAGAUCCAGCGAGUAUUGUUGCUGCCUUCAAGUUGGCUGAACAAAGAGAGAUCGAGGCAAUGAAGGAACUUCGCAGCAUCAAUUUGGAGAAGAUCCACAAUUCGGACGGUGGAGACAUCAAGUACUGCAUGUGUCGUAAAUCUGCGUCUGGGUUGAUGUUGCAGUGUGAAUUGUGCAAAGACUCGUUCCACGGAUCUUGUGUUCCCCUACCAAAGGCGGCCAACAUCAAGAGAGUGAACCAAGCUGUCCAAAUGCAAACUGUGCGGGACCUCAAAUUUCUCUGUCCGCUCUGCUUGAGUUCGAGACGUCCGAGACUGGAAACCAUCCUCUCCCUGCUAGUCUCGCUUCAGAAGCUGCCUGUCCGGCUAGCCGAGGGCGAGGCUCUGCAGUGCCUCACCGAGCGAGCGAUGGCAUGGCAGGAUAAGGCACGCAACUGCUUAGCCACGCCCGAGUUGGCUGCUGCCCUUGCCAAGCUUAGCCUUCUUAGCCAACGCAUGGUGGAGCAGGCUGCCCGUGAGAAGACCGAGAAGAUUAUCAAUGCAGAGCUGCUGAAGGCCGCAAACAAUCCAGAACUGCAGAGCCACCUGGCCACUGUCACACAAAGCGCUUUCAGCGGCCUGCACCCUUCUCUUAGGGAUCUCACUGCCUCCACCACCACCACCACUACCACCAGCACCACCACCACCACAUCCGCUGCCACCCCCUUCACAUUGGACAACACUGACAGCAACCCCUCCGGCCAGCUCUCACCCGUCUCGCAGCAAAGUGUCGACGAUGGAUGCUGCACAACGCUGGACCCUGCUGCUGCAGCUGCUGGCGGUGGUGGUGCACAGCUUUCCCUAUCUGAUCACCACCUCCUACGGCUCAAUGGACAUAACAACAACAACAAUAACAGUAAUAACCUCGGCAUGACAUCCGAACACACAUACUCUUCAGUCUCCAAGACGUCUUCUGUAUCUCCGCGGAAACACCAGCGCAAGUCCCCUCUCAUUCCCCGUCUACUGGAGUCGCCCAUCCUCGAACUGUCUGCCGCAGCACAGGUGCAGCUGGAGGAGUUGAUGAUGGACGGGGACCUUCUGGAGGUCUCACUGGACGAGACCCAGCACAUCAGGCGCAUCUUGGUCGCAUGUCAGACAACAAACGAAGAUAAAUACAUGGAAUUCGAGGAGUUGACAACGGAGAGAAUUCCGAUGAAAGAGAAACCGGAGAAAGUUCCGGCAAAGGGCAAAGAGAAAGAAGAGGAGAAGGAGAAAGUGAAGAAGAAAAGGAAGAAGAAAGAGGAGGAGUCUGAGAAUUGCGAGACGAAAAGCAAGAGGAGUAAAGACGAGAACAGCCCUUCAUCAAAACCAAGGAAAAAACUUGUUGUGAAGGACAAAGAUCUGAAAUUGAAAGAGAAAAAUAAAUGUAAAGAGAUGAACUCUGUGAACGAAAGCAAAAUGAAGAAGGAGGAGAAGAGCCAGAAGAGGAUGAAGAUCUCUGGUGGUGCUCGGGAGAAGAAACCGUCUGGUCGAGUGAAACAGAGUAAGAAGAGUGCCUCGUUGAGUGGAGACGAGGCAGAUGAGGAGGAAGAAGAAGACGACUGUUCUGCUGUGAAGUGUCUGAAACCUGCAGGUAGGUAGUGGUGGUCAUGGUGGAAACACGAAAAGAAAA